CCUUAUCAAGAUAUAAUACAAUUACAUCGUCGCGAUGUCAGUACAAAUAGUAGUAAUAAACAGGAACAAUCAUUACCAUUUUUCCAAACAUUAUUCAUAUUUAAUUUGGUGAAUGACUUAUCAAGUACGAAUAUGGCAGAAUUAGAUAAACAUACAGGAUUAUGUCUUGUAUUUAGUGAUUACAAUGGUAGAAAUGUGGCAAACACUGAUUUAAUAUUGGACGUUAAUUAUGAUAUUCAAGAAUCAAAGAUAUCAUGUUCAUUUGAAUAUGCAACCGAUUUAUUUGAAUUGAAAACAAUAGAGAAUAUGAGCAAUCGUUUCGAAGUUUUGUUACAACAAAUAUUUUCAGAAUUAUCAUCUUUUGACAAAGAUAAGCAGCCAUUAUAUGAACUAUCAUUAUUAUUAUCGGUAGAAAUACGAUUGAUCAAUAGUAUUAAUCGAACAUAUGUCGAUUUCGAACAUGAAAAGAAAUGUAUACACCACGAAUUUGUUAAAAGUGCCAAUAAACAUCCACAAAAAUUAGCUAUUCUGUUAGAUGAUCAAUCAUUAACGUAUGGUGAAACAUUGUUUUAUGUUCAACUAAUUGCUCAUCAUUUAGUUGAAAAUAUCAAUGUUAAAUCAAAACAAAUCAUUUGUCAAUGCACUGAACGAUCGAUCGAAAUGGUCAUCGGUGUUUUAGCCAUAAUAGCGGCUGGAUGUGUCUAUUGUCCACUCUAUUGUUUAGACGGCAUUGAACGAUUAUGUACGAUAAUUCAGAAUACACAUAGUCACUUGGUUUUAGUACAUUCACAAACGGAAUCAAAAUUCGAGUCUGUUCGAGACAGAUUCGAGAAUAAAAAUAUUACAUUAUUCAAUACGGAAUCAUUUAUUAUUAAUACAACAUUAUUGCCUACAUAUAAUAACCAACUGUUGAACGUUGAAAUAGAUUCAAAUGAUAUUGCUUAUCUAAUUCAUACAUCUGGUUCAACAGGUAAACCAAAAGGCGUUCAAAUUAGUCACAACAAUUUUAUAUCAUACGUUCAUUCGGCUAAACAUGUUAGUUUAAUCCAUGAUAUGCAUGUAUUUCUUCAAAUCUCUAACUGUUCAUUUGAUAUACAUGUAGAAGAUCUGUUGGGUUCAUUGGUAUUGGGCGCGUCAUUAGUAAUGCUUAAAACACUCGAUAUUGACUAUUUAUCAUCAACAAUUGAACGACAUCAAGUAACACGUAUGCAUACUGUACCAACCAUAACAAGCUUAUUAUGCGAUUAUUUAGCAGAAAUAAAUUGUUUUCAACGUUUAAAAACAAUUCAAUGUUUCUGUUCCAUAGGUGAAGCCAUUGUACCACGAACAAUAGCAAAACUAGCAGUGAAUCUAUCGUCAAAUGUCAGAAUAUAUAAUUUAUAUGGGCCUGCCGAAUGCACAAUUGCAUCGACGUAUCAUAUGGUCAAUGAAAAAGAUCUUAACGCAUCAUUAAUACCAAUUGGUUAUCCAUUACCAAACUAUCAAUGUUACAUUUUAGAUCAAUACUUACAACCCGUAAAAAUCAGUUAUUUGUCAAAUGAGUUAACAGCAGAAGCUCUCGUGCAUCUACCAAACAUAAACGCAAAAUGUUAUAAAACAGGUGAUCUGGGUAAAUACGAUGCCAAUGGUGAAAUUGUCUAUUGUGGGCGAACCGACUUUCAAGUAAAAUUAAGAGGACAACGAAUUGAAUUGGGGGAAAUAGAAAAUGUAAUCGUGAAGUCAUCAUCAAGUCAAAUUUCAAAUUGUGUUGUCAACAAAGUUCAUGAUGAUAAGACAAAACAAGAUUAUCUCAUAGCAUAUAUUCAAAUGGCAGCAAAUAACGCUAUGAAUGAAGGGGAUAAACUGAAAUCUCAAGCAAAACUGUAUUGUCAAACACAUUUACCACUGUAUAUGGUACCCACAAUGUUUACAAUAUUAGAUAAAUUCCCACUGAACUCAAAUGGAAAAAUCGAUCGAAAACUAUUGCCAAAACUGGAUUUUACAGCAGCAAAUAUGAAUGAUGAUAUGACAAUAACAGAACCAAAAACAGACGUCGAAAGAGAAAUAUGUAAUUUAUGGUGUAAAAUACUUUGCCUGGAUAAAAUAUCCAUGCAGCAAAAUU